UUUAGAGUUUCAUUUCUCUUAACUCCACCAUUUCAUAAAGCGAAACCGAUAUAUAUACAUAAUUUGAUCUAAGGAUCUGAAACUGUCCUCUUUUCACCCAACAUGGCCUCAAACUGCAACACAUCAAACUUCGAUGAGAAUCGAUGGGUUAUUCAAAUCCGUCGAACACUUGAUGAAGAACUUGAAGAAGACACUGAAAUCCCAGUUAGCAUUUUCAACGUCCCAAAAGCACUACUGAUGAGCGACCAAGAUUCUUACGUGCCACAACUGGUUGCAAUAGGCCCUUAUCAUUAUUGGCGCUCAGACAUCCACGAUAUGGAGAGGUACAAGCUUGCUGCUGCAAAGAGAACUCAGAAACAGCUCCAAAGCCUCAAGUUCCAGCAUCUUGUGGAACAGCUGAUAAAGUUUGAGCACAGAAUUCGUUGUUCCUAUCAUAAGUACUUGAAUUUCAAUGGAGAAACUUUGGCCUGGAUGAUGGCUGUGGACGCCUCGUUCUUGAUUGAAUUCCUUCAAAUCUAUGCCAUUAAAGAAGGUAAAAUUCUAACUAGAGUUUCCUCAAGAAUGUCGCAUUUGGUUGAUGUUGCAGGGAGAAAAUCCGCGCAUAAUGCCAUCCUUAGAGAUUUAAUUAUGCUCGAAAAUCAAAUCCCAUUGUUCUUAUUAAGGAAAAUGUUGGAAGUCCAGUAUUCAUCUUUAGAGUUGUCAGAUAACAUGUUGAUGUCUGUGCUAAUGGGAUUUUGUAAAGAGCUUUCUCCUUUCCAAAUGAUGGAUGAAUUCCCAAAAGUUUGUGUCACAGAAUGUUCUCAUUUGCUUGAUUUUUUGUACCAAUUCAUCGUGCCCAAAUUGGACGUAACGUCUGAAAUGACAGAAGAUGAUCACGACCAAAUUGGUGCGAGUGCGACCCAAGGAGAAAAUAGUAACCUCGUUAGAACUUCAAGUCACAUUGGACGACUUAUUAAUGAAGUUUGGAAGAUCCUUGUGAAAAUAAAUAGAGGACCAUUACGUCUUCUUAAGAGAAUUGUAUUUUCCAAACCGAUGAAAUUCCUAUUGAAAUUGCCUUGGAAACUAUUUUCUAAUCUUCCUGGGAUAAGACUUUUUAUACAACCCAUUACAUAUUUGUUCUUCUCACAAGAGAAAGCUGAACCAAAUUCUGAAAAUAAUAUCAAUAAGCCCCCUCUUUUUGAAGAAAUAGCCAUACCAUCAGUAACUGAACUUUGUAAAUCCGGAGUAAGUUUUGUAGCAACCAAUUCAGGAAUCAUGAGCAUAAAUUUUGACCAUACAAAAAUGAAAUUUUAUUUGCCUAGAGUCAGUCUAGACGUUAACACAGAGGUCAUUUUGAGGAAUUUAGUUGCAUAUGAAGCGUGUAAUGCAUCAGGGCCAUUGGUUUUUACGCGUUACACAGAAUUAAUGAACGGCAUUAUUGAUACUGAAGAGGACGCAAUGUUACUUAGAGAAAAGGGGAUAAUAUUGAACCGUUUGAAGAGUGAUAAAGAAGUUGCGAAUUUGUGGAACGGGAUGAGUAGAUCGUUGAGAUUAACGAAAGUGCCAUUCAUAGAUAAAGUGAUUGAAGAUGUGAAUGGAUUUUACAAUGGGAGAUUGAAAAUUAGGAUUGGAAAAAUGAUGAAGCAUUAUGUGUUUGGAUCAUGGCAGUUUCUCACAUUCCUGGCUGCUAUUAUGCUCUUAAUGUUGAUGACUUUACAAGCAUUUUGUUCAGUCUAUAAGUGUGCUCGUAUAUUUCAUAUUCAGAAUUCUGAUGACUGAUUCUUUUAAUUAUUUUAAUGUAAUAUUUAUUUCAUUAAGAUUAGCAAAAGCACAUUGGAUAGUGUAAAAUGUUCUGCCAGGGAUGACUGUUGGUUGAAGAAAUGCUAAAAUGAAA